AUGGUGGGUGGAGGUACAGGAUCACUGAUGUCCCGGUAUGACCACGCCUUGCCCUCUUCGGCAACAGUUCCCGACGGAACCGAGGUAUCCUAUCGCAUGAAUGCAACUACGAUGUCGCCCGUUGAAUCUUCGGUAUUUACGCUUUCACCCCAACAGAGGUCGGUGCGUUCCAAUCACCACAGCUACAUAAGGAAAGUAAGCGGUACCAAGAAACUCCGCAUGAUACUCAUUGGUAGUUUGGCAAUAUCUGCAACAUUGCUCCUAUGCACGGUUGCUUACAUCAAGCUCGCAGGAAAAGUAAGGGUAUAUGCCAACACUGACGCUGCUGCUUGGAAACAAGAGCUGAGCGAUAUUGUUCGCAACUUGGAGAGGAAACUGAAAAGAAUAGAGAACGACAAUGAGUAUCUCAAACAACGGUUAAUGGAUGUCGAAACGGAAAAGAUUUUCCUACGUGAACAAUACGAACAACAGCAGGCGGAAGCACGGAGAGCUACUGUCAAUUUGAGGGGUACUAUAGCGUUGUAA